ACGUUAUUCGCUGUAUAAUUGCACAAUAAUAAAACAAAAUUUUAGUGAUAUUGAUUGGGAAUUCGAAAUAGAAAAAAUAAAAAUUAAAUAAAAAUGCAAGAAUGGAUGAGAGUUUCCUUAUUUCUUUGCCUCUUUGGAUUUAUACGAGAAAUUCGCCCUUCAGAGAAUUAUAUGAGCGUGUUUAUUUUAGGACCAUGGCGAAAUAUCACAUCAGAUCAGUUAAAUCGUGAAAUUUUUCCAGUUGGAACUUAUUCGUAUUUAGCACAAUCUUUUAUUGUAUUUUUAAUAACAGAUUAUUUAAGGUACAAACCAUUAAUUAUUGUCAUUGGAAUAUCAGGUAUUAUUGUGUCUAGUUUAUUAAUAUGGACAACAUCAUUAUUGGCAUUACAAAUUAUGGAAUUUUGUUAUGGUACUUUUAUGGCAACAGAAGUUGCAUAUUACACAUACAUUUAUGCCAAAGUUGAUAAAAAAUAUUAUCCAAAAGUUACAUCACAUACAAGAGCAGCAAUGUUUGCUGGUAAAAUGGUAGCUAGUAUAUCAUCACAAAUAUUAGUUAGUUUCAAAUUAAUGGAUUAUAUGGAAUUAAAUUAUAUCACAUUUGCAACGCAAAUUAUUGCAACAAUAUGGGCAUUUAUGUUACCGAGUGUUAAGUCAAGUUUAUAUUUUCAUCGAGAAACAAAAUCAAAACCACAUAUAGCAAAAAUUGAAAAUGGAAAAAUAAAUUCAAAUGUUGAAGAUAAUUUGGUUAAUAUUUCAUCACAAAAUAAUUUAUCACCAUUUGAAUUACUUUGGUAUCAAUUUAAAAGUGCGUAUUCUAAUAGAAAAGUUCUUUUAUGGAGUUUAUGGUAUGCAUUUGGUCUUGGAGGUUAUUUACAAUUUAUAUGUUAUAUUCAAGUCUUAUGGAAUGAUAUCGAUGAAAAUCCACCGGAACUGUGGAAUGGUGCUGUUGAUGCUGCUUUAACUGGUUUAGGGACAUGUUUUGCUUUAUUAGCUGGCAUAGCACAUUUUGGAAAAUUAACACCACGUAAAAGUUUUAUGAGUUUAGCGAUUCUAUCAUUUCUUCAAGGAGGUUCAAUAUUAUUUUCAUGUCUAACAAGUAAUUUAUAUUGCGCUUAUGCUGGCUAUAUUAUUUUUGGUGCUUUAUAUUCAUAUACAAUUACUGUUACAAGUGCUGAAGUUGCACGUCAUUUAGAAGAGGAUAGUUAUGGUUUAAUAUUUGGAAUAAAUACUGUUGGAGGAUUAUUAAUGCAAACAUUUUUAACAUUAAUUGUUGUUGAAGAUAUAGGAUUUAAAUUAAGUGUUAUAGGACAAUACUCAGUUUAUGGAUAUUAUUUUAUAGGUUUAGGAUUUUUAUAUUUUGUGUAUGUUAUAUUAGAUUAUUUUUGGUUAAAAAAGGAAAAUCGAAUUUCUAUUAAUAAUACACAGGUAUGUAUUAAAGUAAGGAAAAAAUUGUAA